UAUGCCCCUCUAAUACUUGGUUAUAUCCAUUUGUCAUGACACGAUUAACAGAGCGUACACCCACGCAGACGGCAGUCUGCGGCCGAACGGAUUCCAAGUUUUUCAUAUCGUGUAAAGAUAUCAAGAUUUUCAAUUUCAUCGUGAACAGUGAAAUCGGUGACUCGUGCACAUGUUGGCAACUGGUACAUAAUCUCGCUGAAAAGAUCCUCUUAACUGGUUUAUCCAGUACAUUCGUCUCGAUGGAACAAAUUCUGGUGAUCUUGUCAGCCUGGUCAAUAUGGUGCAUCGACGCAACCGCUCCACAUAAAUUGAACCUGUAUCCGUACAACAAUAACCUGGUGCGGGAGUUGGUGAGUCGACUGGGGAAGGCAGACAUCCCGGACGUGUACUUGGACCUGCCGGAGGUGAGCCAAAGGGCGUACGGCCCGAGCAACGACGAAGAUCAGUACGAAGGAUUCGACUUCUCUGAACCACAAGAGAAUGCUCUCAAUCCCAGCAUCAGAGACCACGAGUACCUCCAGCACAGCUCCUUGUGGGGACAUCAUUAUCUCUCAGGUGGAGCGGGUGAAGGAGAACAGAGGUUAAAACCUGACGGUGCGGCGAAAAAUCUGAACCAAGUGAAAACUGAUGCAUCGCUACCAGCGUAUUGCAAUCCCCCAAAUCCAUGUCCUAUUGGUUACACAAGUGAGGACGGUUGCUUAGAGGAGUUCGAGAACACGGCGCAGUUCAGUCGGGACUUCCAAGCGGCGCAGGACUGCAUGUGUGACGUGGAGCACAUGAUGGACUGCUCAGCACGAGAGUUCUCCCACAACGACAUCGGCAUAGACUCCAUUGUCAGCAGCUUGCGUUCUUACCAGAAUCCGAAUCCAUUCCUGCAAGGAGAAAUGCUACCAAUCGCAGCCAAAAAGGGAUUCAACGUGAGGGUGUAAUAAUUUUUCUACGAUUCUAAAUCGCACCAAGAACUACGCACAAUGAGUAAUCUACGUACAAUUCCUGAAUUCCCGAUAGCCCCCACCAGAUGUCUCCUGCGUUUGUAAUUUCCUAUCACCGACAUUUAUUUGCGUAUUCACCUCUGCAAUUCCGUUAUAAUGUUACCUAACCUGAAUUAUAUCAAGAGUUUGAUAAGUUUACUGUAAGUUUAUGCCUGUUAUACUUCGAUUCUAGGGAUCAAGAAUUAAUAAAAGUUUAAGUUCUUUAA